AGGGGGAGGUUACUUAACAGGAGCGGGUGCCCAGGAGGAGAACUUGUUCCGUCGUACAAAUUAUGUGCAACACUUAGCAGACCCAGAUAAAGAAUUUGAUCCCAAAAGAAAAUGGAAAUACAGAAUUCCAGAGUUUUCAUGCAUCUACUCAAAAAAUGUUUUCAUCAUAAGAGCAUCUGAAGCUGAAGGAUAUAUGUUUCUCGCCCACCCUGUCCCAAUGUCCUUUUUAGCCCUACCCGCUUAUCCUAAUCCUGCUCUUACAAAAGACAAGAAGACACUCAUUCCAGUGAUUGCUGAGAACACAAAACGGAAGAUACGUUGCAUGUUGUCUGCUGGUCUGUAUUAUGCUCAUGACUCGCUGGUUCUCUCAGCACUUGGCUGUGGAGCAUUUAGAAAUCCCGCACGUCACAUGGCCCAGCUCUUUAAGGAAGUAUUGUCUGAAGGGGAAUUUGCCAAUAGAUACAAGCACAUUUCUUUUGCCAUCCUCGAUGAUCAUAAUGCCAGGGGGGAGGGGAAUUUCAAGCCCUUUCUUGAGGUAUUUGCUGACUGGACAUAAAAGUUAUUAAUUUAGAAGAUCAAGUCUUAAUAAAAACCAUGACAUUUUGUUGAAGAGUAUUAUUGGGAAUAAUAUUAAAGUGCCUAUAACCGCAAAAAUUUUUUUUGGC